AUGCAUUACCAAACUCAAUCUUGGGGAUCUUAUUUGCCAACAAGCAGGAGUGGUAUUGUUGGUGACCCAUUGGAGCGUAUAGAGAGACUGGCCUCUGAGAACGCGGUGGUGAUCUUCAGCAUGAGCAGCUGUUGCAUGUGUCAUGCCAUCAAGAGGCUCUUCUGUGGGAUGGGUGUGAACCCCACUGUCCAUGAGCUGGACGAAGACCCCAGGGGCAAAGACAUGGAAAAGGCCUUGAUGAGGCUUCUGGGCAGCCCUUCGGCCGUUCCGGUGGUGUUCAUCGGAGGGAAGCUGGUGGGUGCUAUGGACAGAGUCAUGGCCUCUCACAUCAAUGGCACUCUUGUUCCACUUCUCAAGGAGGCUGGAGCUCUCUGGCUUUGAUUAAUUUGAG